AUGGAACUGGGUGUACCAAAGGGCCCAGAAUUUGGAAGGUUGAAAAAAGGACAUUCGGUACAACUUCCAAAUGGACAAAUGGUACACUCAAGUCAAGUUUGUGGAGAGGGUUUAGAGGGUACAAGGGUUUUAAUUACAGACUGCAAGGCUGAAGAAGUUUCACUUUAUCUGGAACGAGCCAAACUGGAUAUUGAGAACAUUUACUAUAUCUUUUAUCUUGCUGAUCCUGGCAAUGUUCCUGAAAAUUUAAAGCAUGUUUUGUGUGAUCAGACCUAUGGCAAUAGAAGCUAUAUUCCUCUAUAUCCGUCGGCAUGUAGAAACUAUGCAUAUAAUGAAACCUUUCCUCAUGCUUUCCCAAAACCCAUAGAAUGCAGAGGAUUUUAUCCUGACAGGAAUUUAAAGGGGCACUCAUAUCCACCACUAACAAAGUUCUAUAUGCAUCCUAUAAAUAGCAGUAUUGAUACCACCGAGGUUCUUAGAGAAACUUUUGAGGAUGAUAUGAUAAAAUAUUCUGAUAUCGAAAACGUAAAAAAGAGCAAGGAUUCAUUACCUUGCACCUGGGAAUCUACAGACGAAUACAGAUUCAUAUUUCUCGGAACAGGGUGUUCUUACCCAUCAGUUUACAGAAAUGUUUCUGCUAUAUUAUUACAUAUGAAGAACAAUUCAUUCCUAUUUGAUGCGGGGGAAGGAACAAUUUUGCAGUUGCUAAGGAGUAGCUCGGAUCACAAGGAUUUUGUUUCAAAGCUCAUUUCUAUAAGGACAAUUUUCAUAUCGCAUUCCCAUGCAGAUCAUCACUUGGGACUUUAUAGCCUAUUGGCUAUGCAGGAACAUUACAGGAGGGAUGCAAUGGAUGACUCUGUGACAACUGUCAUUGCUCCCAAAACUGUUUAUAAAUUCCUAACACAGUACAAAGAACGCAUAAUGGAUAUUAACUACGAUUUCGUCUACACUGGCAAUUCUCAAGUUUCAGUAAAUGGGUUUUUGGUAGACAUGUUCAACGUUAUACACAUUGAAGACUCCUUUGGAGUAAAAGUAUCGCAUCCAGAGAUUGGAAAAGUUGUAUACUCUGGAGACACUAGACCUUGCGAAAACCUCAUUAGAUAUGCGCAAGGUGUUGAUUUUCUCAUACAUGAGGCAACAUUUACGGAGUGUGACUUUGACAAUGCUGUAAAGAGCAAUCAUUCCACGUUUUUGGAGGCUCUGGAAAUUGCGAAAAAGUGCAGCGUGAAGACCCUCAUUUUGACGCACUUUAGUCAACGAUACCAGGAGCUUGGAGAUGCGAGAUAUAACGCAAUACUCGCACAUGAUUUGAUGAGUAUACCGCUCAAAUGCGGACAUAAUUCCUAGAG